GCUGCUUGAACCUGGCUGCUGCUGCAGUCUCCUCACACGCUCAUUCACAGGCUGCCUGUGCAGGUCCUGCAGCUCCGACACAAAGGAAACCCACCUGCUGCCCGACUCUAACCGGAGCCGGAGUGACACCUGACGGCCACUCUGCCUUUAGGAUUCCCCUCAUUUCGACCGUGUGCGGGCUGUGGAGGGGCUGACAGGCGGCUCAUAUUCCCCCUCCUUCUUUGGGAGGCAUGUGAUCCAUCCAGGAGACUGAGGCGUGUUCGUGUCUCGCGGAUGUUAGCGGGAGAAGGGGAGGCAGGAAGGAGGCUUUUCUUUCAUUGUGGAUGCGGCUCAGCCGGACCGCUGUCCUUUUUCGGGGCUCUCGCGAGCUGUUGCACGGACAGGCACGCUAAAGACGGGAUGGACGCGGGCUUGGAGCUGAACAGCCCACUUUUAAUGUGACGUGAAUUUUUAAUAUUUAAUUUUUUUAACCCCGCGCGGACAGUUGUUUCGGGGCUUUUGUGAGGCGGGCGGCCAACGCCGGUCGAACACGCCGGGGGAAGGAGCAGCUCAGGCGCGGCCAGGCGAGCCUGCCAUGACCCCCUGACUGUUCGCCUUUGUCUUCUCACUCCGCGGAAAGUUUCACAUCCGAACUCGCGGGACGAGCAGUCGCCACCUCCUCGGCGGCUCGGUCCAUUGUCUCGGAAAGUAGACGGCGUGUCAAACCGUGGGGGGGCUGUAGUCCUCACACGUGCCCCGGUCCGAGGCUAGAGAAGACCCAGCAGGGACGACCAUGGCGAACGACUCGGUCCAAAGUGACCCAGACGGGCUGUCUGUCCUGGAGCAGCUCGGUUUGGACCAGAACUCGGACUUCUCAGACUCGAGCGUGCAGCAGCUCCUGGAUGAGCAGCGGGAGAGAAUCCGCAGGGAGAUCCGCAAGGAGCUGAAGAUCAAGGAGGGCGCUGAGAACUUACGCAGGGCCACGACCGACAAGAGGAACGCUCAGCAGGUGGACAGUCAGCUGCGCUCGUCCAACCGGAGGCUGGACAACCUGCACGCUCAGCUGCAGGAGCUGGAUGCUCACAUCGUGGUGAAGGGAGGCGAGGAGAGUAAAGAUGAGUGUCCUCAGUCUCCGGGGGCGGAGAGCUGCAGAUCAGCCCACAAGGAGCGCAUCGCCGCCCUGGAGAGGCAGCUCAACAUCGAGCUCAAAGUCAAACAGGGGGUGGAGAAUAUGAUCCCCAUCUACGCCAAUGGAUCCACCAAGGAUAAGAAAAUGCUGCAGACGGCCCAGCAGAUGCUGCAGGACAGCAAGACCAAAAUCGACAUCAUCCGAAUGCAGAUCCGGAAGGCUGUGCAGGCCACCGAGCACACGGAUGACACGCAGGGUAACCAUGACCUCUGUGGGGUGGAGCUGCGUAUCGAGGAGCUGAGGCAUCACUACAGGGUGGAGCACGCUGUCGCCGAGGGGGCCAAGAAUGUCCUCCGGCUCCUCGGGGCCAACAAGGUUCAGGACAAGAAGGCCCUGUCUGAGGCACAGUCUCGUCUCAGCGAGGCCUCUCAGCGGCUGGACCUCCUCAGGGACUCCUUGGACCAGCGUUUGGCUGAGCUGCCAGAGGACCACCCAAAGGCCAGCAUCAUCAAAGAGGAGCUGGUUUUGGCCUCCUCACCGGCCUUCACCUCCCGCCACGGCGCCCCCUAUCUGCAGAACCAAUACAGCACCCUUAACAAGCCGUCUCCUCUCACUGGCACCCUGCAGGUGCAGCUGCUGGGCUGCGUUGGAUUAUUGGAGGUUGUGCCAGGCCGCAGCAAAGGGACAUCUGUCUCGCUGCCCUGCUACAGCCCCGGAGACACCAAGUCCUUCAUGAGAGGCAGCAAGGGGCUGUACGGACGCAGCGGCUCCGUCAGCGGCAAGACGCCCAGCAAGACCGAAGAACUCUCCUCUGAGGUGAGCGCGGUGCUAAAGUUGGAUAACGCUGUGGUGGGACAGACGGCCUGGAGGACUGUGGGAGAGCAGGCCUGGGAUCAGACCUUCACUGUAGAGCUGGAAAGGUCAAGAGAGCUGGAGAUCGCGGUUUACUGGAAGGAUUAUCGCUCACUGUGCGCCCUGAAAUACCUGAAGCUGGAGGAGUUCCUGGACAACCAGAAACACCGAGUCCAGCUGGAGCUCGAGCCUCAGGGCCUGCUGCUGGCAGAGGUGAUCUUCUUUAACCCGGUCAUCGAGAGAGUUCCUCGCCUCCAGCGACAGAAGAAGGUCUUUUCAAAGCAGCAAGGCAAGGCGUUCCUUCGGGCGCGGCAGAUGAAUGUGGACAUCGGGACAUGGGUGCGGUUGCUAAGGAACGCAAUCCCCACCGUGAACAACUCAGGAACCUACAGUCCCAACGCACACAGCCUGACGAGCGUCUCUGGGGAGAUCUCAGUGGAGAAAUUGUGUCUGGACGACUCUCCGACCAGAGGAGAUAACAAGAGAGAAACGGACACUCUCACUCCGGUGAAGCAGACAGAGAAAGAGGAAAACCGCAAUAUAGGGGAGGAUCACCCGGCUGUCAUCGAGUCCCUCUCUCCCCAAGACCUCAUCCCCGAGUCCCCUGUCCGAACCCCGUCUGUCGACAGGCAAAAAAAAGGACCUCUGUCCCUUCAGGACUUCAGGCUGAUCGCUGUGUUGGGCAGGGGACACUUUGGGAAGGUGCUGCUGUCGGAGUACAGGAAGACGGGCACCAUGUACGCCAUCAAAGCCCUGAAAAAAGGAGACAUAAUCGCCCGGGAUGAGGUGGACAGCCUGAUGUGUGAGAAGCGCAUCUUUGAGACCGUGAACAUGUCUCACCAUCCCUUCCUGAUCAAUCUGUUCGCAUGCUUCCAAACGCCGGAGCACGUUUGCUUCGUGAUGGAGUACACGGCAGGAGGCGACCUGAUGAUGCACAUCCACACGGACGUCUUCACGGAGCCACGAGCCGUGUUUUAUGCUGCCUGUGUGGUUCUUGGACUUCAGUUCCUUCAUGACCAUAAGAUUGUGUACAGAGACCUCAAGCUUGACAACCUGCUGCUAGACACAGAUGGUUACGUGAAGAUUGCUGACUUUGGGCUGUGCAAAGAAGGGAUGGGCUUUGGGGACCGCACAAGCACGUUCUGUGGGACCCCUGAGUUUCUGGCCCCCGAGGUCCUCACAGAUACAUCUUACACCAGAGCCGUGGACUGGUGGGGUCUCGGAGUCCUCAUCUAUGAAAUGUUGGUGGGAGAGUCUCCAUUCCCUGGCGAUGAUGAGGAGGAGGUGUUCGACAGCAUUGUGAAUGACGAAGUCCGCUACCCCCGCUUCCUCUCCACUGAGGCCAUCGCCAUCAUGAGACGACUGUUACGGAGGAAUCCGGAGAGAAGGCUGGGAUCAGGGGAGAAGGAUGCAGAGGAGGUGAAGAAGCAGCCAUUUUUCAGAAACGUGGACUGGGAGGCCCUGCUGCAGAAGAAGGUGCCCCCUCCCUUCGUCCCCUCUAUUCGCGGCAAGGAAGACGUCAGCAACUUCGACGAAGAGUUCACCGUGGAGCCCCCGGCUCUGACGCCCCCACGGGAGCCGCGCACGCUCUCCCGCAGGGACCAGGAGAGCUUCAGAGACUUUGAUUACGUCUCGGACCUCUGCUAGGAACGUCUGAUGCCCUUAAAGGCUUGGUGGAGGUUUGAGUCGGCCGGCGGACGGACGCUCCCUGCCUGCUGGCCGCGCUCGCCUGUCAUUAGUUACACUGUGAAUGAACGCAGAGACUGAGGACAGUUUGCUGUGUCUGCAUCUUGAAGAUUGUGAACUGACUAAACAAAGCUAGGACAUGUGGUUGUUGAGCUUAGACGCUCCAUCACAAAGAAGGAUAAACAUAAGACCCCCCCUCCCUCCCAAUCCCCCCAUCCAGUCGUUGUCCACCAGAGAGAAGGCCUCCUGGUCUGCGCUGCGGUGGGAGGAGCAGCUGGUGUGCUCCUGGCUGUAGGUUCUUACUCUGUGGCCUCUCAACCCGAUGCCUUACAUUUUUACUUCCAUGUGUUUUGUGAUCCUUUGUAAACAGAAAAGAUGUGCAGUGGUUGAAGGAGAAGAGAAUCUGUCGGAAAUGUGGCGUUUAUAACUGAUGCUCUGUGAUUAUCUUUGAUUUUUAAACUGAAGGGGAAAAAGAAAAACCACUGCCGUGGAUUAUUCCAGUGAUGUCCACAAACCUCUUUUUUUUUUUUUUUUACUCCGCUGCUUUCAUUUUAUGUCUGUAAUUGGCAAAUAAGUUGUAUUUAAUGCUUCCUGUCUGCAUUAUUCAGCAUCCAGCGCAUUUCUUUUUAAAAAAAAAUGAGAUACUUUGGUUGCUAGUUUUAAUUUGAAAGUGUAGCACAAAAACACUCAAAAGUCAGCAUUAAAACGAUGCUGCAGACAGGUUACUGAAAGGAAAAAGAAAAAUCUGAACACUAAACUGUGAUGCAUCAUGUUUGCUGUGGGUUUGAGGUCGACUCGGCCAGUUAACUACAUGCUCCCAGAUUGUCUUCUACGUGAUGCAACUCAUUUUUCUCCAGGGCCGUUAGAUCUUUAAGCUCACUGGUUGCACACUCUACGUCUUAAGAGUCUGAUUUAAGAUGUUCGGCUACACGUCACCAGAAGGCUACCUGGUAUCACAGUCCUGAGGAUAAUGAACCUUUUCCACGUGGGUCCCGUCAGCAGCAAGGUGUGGCCGCGCCGUUUCUGUAGAAACAUUCCCACAGAGUUCAACGGAGGAGCACACGCUGCAUAAACAAAAAUUGAUCCCAUUUUAUGAAAGACGUUUUAGGCACAGGAGUAGUUUGCUGUGCAGCCGAAUAACCUGAUCGUGUGGGUUUCCUGUGUACGAUGAUAAAAACCCAUAAAACAUGAGAUGACAUCUUUUAUAAAGAAAUACUCCAGGGAACAAUGCGUCUGUUUAUUGCCGUCUUUGUGUAUCCUUUAUGUGCCCAACUCACAAGGAGCGUGUAAUUAUGAAGUAAAAACAAGAAUAAUGGUAAAAGUUAUCACAUGUGCGAAUAUAAAGCGUGUUCCACCAACAAG